AUGUUGGCAGAAGCGCCACUGGACACGGAACAUUCGCACCCGGUUAAGGCAAAACACCUGCAGCUGGACGAGAACAACAAUGUGGAGGAGUUGGCGGAGGUGACGGACGCGCUGGUACCGUUCUACGAUGGGAAGAGCGUGCUGGUAACCGGUGGGACCGGAUUCCUCGGGAAGGUGCUGAUCGAGAAGUUGCUGCGUGCCUGCGAAGGGGUCAGCGCCGUCUACAUCCUGUUGCGUCCGAAGCGUGGCCUUACGAGCGAACAGCGCUACCGCGAGUUCGUGCGCCAUCCGGUGUUCGAGCGGAUUCGGUCCAAGACGCCGCAGCUCCUCACGAAGCUGAUAUGCGUCGGUGGUGACAUCUCGCUACCGCUGCUCGGACUGAGCGAAUCUGACCGUAGGACGCUGCUGGAGCGAGUGCACGUCGUGUUUCACGUCGCCGCAACGGUACGCUUCAACGAAGCGCUGGUCGAGGCGGCCAUUUUGAACACGAUCGGCACGAAGCAGCUGCUGGAACUCUGCACCGGGAUGCGUCAGCUGCAGAGUGUGGUGCAUGUUUCAACGGCGUACAGCAAUGCGUGCCGGCGUGAGGUCGAUGAGGUGGUGUACCCACCACCGAUGGAUCCGGAACGCUUCAUCCAGUGUGUGCAGCUGCUGCCCGGUGAGGUGAUUGGUGCGAUUGCCACCCAACUGCAGGGUGCCCACCCAAACACGUAUACGCUGACGAAGGCCAUUACGGAGCAGCUGGUCGCACAGUACGCGGAACGGUUGCCACUCUGCAUCGUGCGUCCCUCCAUUGUGACCGGUGCAGUCGCCGAACCUUACCCGGGCUGGAUUGAUAAUGUGCACGGCAUAACAGGAAUCAUGAUGGAAAUUGGACGUGGUACCAUCAGCAGUAUCAUGUGUGACGAACGCUGCACCAUGGACGUCAUCCCGGUCGACAUCGUCUGCAACACACUGAUCGCAGCCGCCUGGGAAAACGCUAAUACCACGGUAACACCGAUACGCGUGUACAACUGUACGUCCGGACAGGUGAACGGCAUCAAGUGGCACGAGUACGGCCGUAUCACGCAGAGCUGUGCCGUCCGCAAUCCCACCAAGCACGUGCUGCUCUACCCAGGCUUCCGGUUCCGGACGAACCGGCUCGUACACAAGCUGGUCGAGCUGCUGCUACACUUUCUGCCCGCCUACCUGUUCGAUGCGCUCGUCCGGGCCCGGGGUGGACAACCGAUAAUGGCACGACUCGCCCGACGAUUCCAGCGUGCCGCCGAUACGGGGGAGUUCUUCGCCAUGCACGAGUGGACCUUCCGGAACGGGAAUCUGCGCCGGCUUGGGGGCCGGGUGCGCCGGGACCGGGCGGCCGAUGGGUUCCGCUGUGACGUAACCGGACUGGACUGGGAGGCGUACAUCGAGGCGUACAUGCUCGGAAUUCGCCGGUUUGUGCUGAAGGACGAUAUGGACAGUCUCGAGCAGGCACGGGCCAAACUCCGGCGAUUGCUUUGGUUCAAGCGUGCCCUGCAGCUAGCCGGGUUGCUGCUGGCGUACUACCUGUGCGCUCUUCUCUUUUAUCCGAGCGGAGCUUAA